AACCUGGAUCGACGUCGCGAAACGUCUCGGUAUGCGGCGCGUGAUCGUCGUGGGAAGGAGGCGAACAUUUUCACACACCUCAAAGAAGUGGUGCCGAUAGUGGAAGAAGCCACUGUAACACAUGUGGAUCGUAUUGCUUUAUUACGUGUUGCAUCGACNAUGUUUCGAUUACGAAAACAUGCCUCUAAACGUAAAAGUUAUCAUCUACUAGGAAAAAAAGCCAAACUCAAGAAUCUUAUUCUUAAUUUGUAG